GUUCCAACUGGAACAUCUCGUCAAAGUUACCCAGCUACCAGCUAUCAGGACUUUGGCAACUGGGAAUCUCUAAUGAAAAUUAAAGAGGGGCUGCUAAGACAGAAAGAGAUUGUGAUCGAUCGGCAAAAGCAGCAAAUUAACAAUUUACAUCAGAAGAUAAGGGAGAACGAAUUACGAGCUCAACACGCAAGACUGAGCCAUCUUGUGAACUGCGAAGAACCUUACAUGACUAAUUUGCAGCAACCACAGUAUGAGAGCACACCACUUCAACCUCACAUUUCGGAAAGAUCAACAUCUCACCUCGAGGAGCUUGAGCGAAAGAUUGCAGCAGCUGAGAAUAAGGAAUUACAACUCAAUGAAUUUGUAAAACAAAUUUCAAACAAAUUUAGUGAGGAGAGGAAGAAGAUGGAGGAGAAACUUAAAACUAGAGACCGAUAUAUUAAUAGCCUGAAAAAGAAAUGCCAGAAAGAGUCUGAGCAAAACAAAGAAAAACAAAGGCGAAUUGAAACCUUAGAAAAAUAUCUGGCUGACCUACCAACGCUGGACGAUAUAGAAGGGCAGACUAAACAGCUGCAAAUUCUAGAAGAGAAGAACAAGCAACUUGAAGAAACGAUGACUGAGUUAGAAAAGAAGCUUGGAGAGGCCCGAUCGCAGUGCAGAGAGAGAGAACUGCAACUGGUGUGUCAGAAGAAAAAAGAAAAAGAGCUGGUCACAACAGUACAGAGUUUACAACAGAAAGUAGAAAAAUGCCUGGAAGAUGGUAUUCGCCUCCCCAUGUUGGACACAAAACAGCUUCAGAGUGAGAAUGAGUGUCUCAAAGAAAAGAAUGAGAAAGCCAGUAAGGUCAUAGACAAUCAACAAAAUCAGAUAGCUGGAUUGAUUUUAGACAUGCAGUCUAUGCAAGAGAAGCUUUUGCAAGAAAAGCUGAUAGUGCAGAAGAUAACAAAUGAGCUUGAAGAAAAAGAAAGGAAUAUAGAGCAGUUAAAUAAAACUCUCUCUGAAAACCAAAGACUGAUGGAAGAGAAUGCCUGCCUGAAGGAGCAGAUGCGGCAGAUGGAGCAGUCCAGGCAGCCAGUAUCUGAGAAGAUGCCUAUAGCAGACCAGUUGUUCAAGGAAAUGUCCCAAUGCUUGUUUGACUUGAAAGCACUGUGCAGUAUUCUUACCCAGAGAGCUCAGGGCAAGGAGCCUAACCUUUCCUUACUGCUGGGAAUCAGAUCGCUGAGCUGUUCAGCUGAAGAGAAUGAACAUUACCACAGCACAGAAACCCUUUCGAAGAAGCUCUUGGACGUUUGUCAGUUGCGAAAGGAUAUUGAUGAAUUAAGGACUAUAAUGUCGGACCGUUAUGCUCAGGACAUGGGGGACAAUUGCAUCACUCAAUGACAACAUUUCAUCUAGUAGCAAAUGACUUACUGAAUGCUGCUGUGUCACAGG